CAUUGUGGGAAAGGCGCCUUCCAACAAUCAUGGCGGACACCUUCGGAGAUUUAUUCAGCGUAUUUGACGACGAACAAAAGCCAACUACGAGCAAGAACUUGCCGGCUUCAGUCGCUCUAGACACAGUGAAUGCAGCAGAGUUAAACAAUGACACAGAUGCUCGCUCGUCUGGCAAGUCCAAGAGGGAGUCGCCGGAUAGUGAUGGAGGAGAGGAGCUGGGCAUCGGGAAGAAACCUCGCCUCGACACGGUCGCUGCCAAUGACUUAAAUCUUGCAGAAUUUAUGCCCCAAGUCAAAGUGGAGCCAGUGGAGACGGCGGAGGGAUGCUCGCAUGAGGUUGCUCUGCCUGCCAGUGAUGAAUAUAAACCUCUCAGACCUCGAGUUGGAAAUGCCGCAAAGGAGUACCCAUUCAUCCUGGAUCCCUUCCAGCAGGAGGCCAUUUUGUGCCUCGACAACAACCAGUCGGUGCUAGUCUCUGCGCACACCUCGGCCGGCAAGACUGUCUGCGCCGAGUAUGCCAUUGCGCUGGCCCUCCGCGAGAAGCAGCGUGUCAUCUUCACCAGCCCCAUCAAAGCGCUGUCCAAUCAGAAGUAUCGGGAGAUGUACGAGGAGUUUCAAGACGUGGGCCUGAUGACAGGCGACGUCACCAUCAACCCCACCGCCUCUUGCCUCGUCAUGACGACAGAGAUCCUGAGGAGCAUGCUGUACCGUGGCUCAGAGAUCAUGAGAGAAGUGGCGUGGGUGGUCUUUGACGAGAUCCACUACAUGAGAGAUGCCGAGCGUGGCGUGGUUUGGGAGGAAACCAUCAUUCUGCUUCCCGACAACGUGCAUUACGUCUUCCUGUCGGCCACCAUCCCCAACGCUAGGCAAUUUGCUGAGUGGAUAUGUCACCUUCAUAAGCAGCCGUGCCAUGUGGUGUACACAGACUACCGACCGACACCGCUGCAGCACUACGUUUUCCCAGCAGGGGGCGACGGACUCCACCUUGUGGUGGAUGAGAACGGGGACUUCAGGGAAGAUAACUUCAAUACGGCCAUGCAGGUUUUGAGAGACUCGGGGGAUUCUGGGAGUGGCAAUGCGGGUGGCAAGUGGGACCCCAAAGGACGCAAAGGGGGAACAAAAGGUCCGUCCAGCGUGUUCAAGAUCGUGAAGAUGAUCAUGGAGAGGAACUUCCAGCCUGUCAUCAUUUUCAGCUUCAGCAAGAAGGAAUGCGAGGCAUAUGCUUUGCAGGUGGCCAAGCUGGAUUUUAACAAGGAAGAGGAGAAGCGUCUCGUGGAGGAAGUCUUCAACAACGCGGUGGACUGCCUGUCAGAUGAGGACAAGAGGCUCCCUCAGGUGGAGCACGUGCUGCCGCUGUUGAAGAGAGGAAUCGGCAUCCAUCACGGCGGUCUUCUGCCCAUCCUGAAGGAGACCAUCGAAAUCCUCUUCUCGGAAGGCCUGAUCAAGGCACUGUUUGCCACCGAGACAUUCGCCAUGGGUAUCAACAUGCCGGCGCGCACUGUGCUGUUCACCAGCGCCCGCAAGUUUGAUGGCAAGAAUCACCGCUUUAUCACCUCAGGCGAAUACAUCCAGAUGUCAGGGCGUGCGGGCAGGAGAGGAAUGGAUGACAGAGGCAUUGUUAUUUUCAUGGCGGACGAGAAAAUGAGUCCGUCCGUGGGCAAACAGCUCCUCAAGGGCUCGGCAGACCCACUGAACAGCGCCUUCCACCUGACGUACAACAUGGUGCUCAACCUUCUGCGUGUGGAGGAGAUCAACCCCGAGUACAUGCUGGAGAAAUCCUUCUACCAGUUCCAGCACUACCGAGCGCUCCCCGGCGUCGUCGAGAGAAUUAAGAAGCUGGAGACGGAGUACCACGCUAUCAGGAUCCCCAACGAGGAGAGCGUGGUGACCUACUUCAAGAUCCGCCAGCAACUGGCCAAACUGGGGAAGGAAAUCCUGGAGUUCAUCCACAAGCCCAAAUACUGCUUGCCCUUCCUGCAACCCGGGCGCCUCGUCAAGGUGAAAAAUGAAGACGCAGACUUCGGCUGGGGCGUGGUGGUCAACUUCUCCAAGAAGGCAAACGUGAAGAUCAGCACAGACGCCGAGCCGCUCUUUGUGGCCGAGGUGUUGCUGCACUGCAGCAAGGAUAGCGUCAAGGAGGCGGCCACGGAAGCGGCCAAACCCGCCGCGCCGGGUACGACCGGAGAGAUGCAGGUGGUACCCGUGAUGCUUCACUUGCUGACGGCCAUCAGCUCUGUGCGUCUUUACAUCCCCAAAGACUUGAGACCCUUGGACAACCGCCAGCUCUUGCUCAAGUCCAUCCAGGAAGUGCAAAAGCGCUUCCCAGACGGCAUCCCCGUCCUGGACCCCGUGGACGACAUGGGCAUCAAGGACGCCGGGCUGAAGAAGGUGAUCCAGAAGGUGGAGGCCUUCGAGCACCGAAUGUACUCGCACCCGCUGCACAGCGACCCCAACCUGGAGGCCGUCUACUCGCUCUGUGAAAAGAAAGCUCUGAUCGCGGGUGACGUACGCACGGCCAAGCGCGAGCUGAAGAAGGCUCGCACCGUGCUGCAGAUGGACAAGCUCAAGUGCCGGAAGCGAGUGCUACGACGCCUCGGCUUCGCCAGCCCUUCCGACGUCAUCGAGGUGAAGGGACGAGUGGCUUGUGAGAUCAGCAGCGCUGACGAGCUUCUGCUGACAGAGAUGGUGUUCAACGGCCUCUUCAACGACCUGACGGUGGAACAAGCCACCGCGCUGCUCUCCUGCUUCGUCUUCCAGGAAAAUGCCAGCGAGAUGCCAAAACUGACUGAGCAACUAGCAGCCCCCCUCAGACAAAUGCAGGAGUGCGCCAAACGCAUCGCUAAGGUGUCGGCCGACGCCAAGCUGGAUGUGGACGAGGACACCUACCUAAGCUCGUUCAAGCCUCACCUCAUGGACGUGGUCUUUGCGUGGGCCAACGGCGCCACCUUUGCGCAGAUCUGCAAGAUGACCGACGUUUUCGAAGGAAGCAUCAUCCGCUGCAUGCGGCGUCUGGAAGAAGUGCUACGGCAAAUGUGCUCGGCCGCCAAAGCCAUCGGAAACACAGAGCUUGAGAACAAGUUUGCAGAAGGAAUCACAAAGAUUAAGAGGGACAUUGUGUUUGCUGCCAGUCUCUAUUUGUAAUCGCAACUCUUCGGCGGCUUCAUGGCAUCCAUUUGAUAUCCCGGUAACCCCUGAUCCAAUACCAUUGAUUUCAAAUUGAUGAUAAUAAGAUGACACAUCUUCACAUCAUAUUUCAUUUUCCAAUACACAAUAUGGCUUUAUUUGUACUGCUUUUGUUUUAGACAUUUGUACAUAUUUGACUUUUUUUUUUUUUUAAUAAAUGUCUGUGUGGUUGACAUACAGAUGACACAAGUGUA